AAUCGGUGGGAUUUGUUCAAAUUGGUUGCAUGCUGUUGAAAUUGAACACUUUUGUUUGAGAUUAUGUUUUCUGGAUUGUUAUCAUUGUAAGAAAACGAGUCAGGCGGGACUCAUAAACAAGCGUCGAUAACACCAAUCGUCGCCACACUAGUUUUCAGACUUCUUUUAAAAGAACGGUGCUCAUUUUAGAUUUUGAAAUGAAAGUAAUUCCAAUCGGUAAAGGCCACUGCGAUCCCCAUCCUAUUGUCCAUUCCUCCCAAGCUACCAUCUAUCAGAAUUGUCCACCGUGUCAAAGGCUCUUAAAAGCGUCUUAUCCGGACUAUAAAAAUCAAUGGGCUGAACUCCGCCACCAAGCGCUAUUCAAAGGAUUCUCACUCCGGAGAGCGUCUAUUCAGAGUGGCGGUCGGGGAUUGUAAGUUUUCAUCAUCUUAUUCCCUCGGUCUUUCAUCGUGUCAAGAUAUGUUUAGGUGAUCAGUGGCAUUGUCUAAAUGGCAUCGUGACAUCUGAAAUUGAGUGACACGACCAAUGGGCUUCGGUGUUGAAGAGAUUUGAUUAAAAGUGGUAGAAUGUGAGAGGUGCGAUGCCGAGCAUCAGUCGGUAAAUAUAGCAGCGUUUGGUAGUGAAGCAACGGCUUUUGACACAUCAUAGCAUAUUAAUUAAUGGCGCAAAAUGGCUGACUCUACUGAAACAAAAGACAUCACUUCAUUAGAUAUUGAUCAUCGUACUGACGUUGCCCCUACGCUUGAAGAGGCCCUCAACAUCUUUGCAGGAUACAAUGCGGGAUUAGCUAAUUAUGGUUCCGACUCUAAGAACAACGAUAAUGACUUUGGGAUAGGACCGCCCGAUCAUGGAAAACCAUCAGACUGUAUAACUGGCAUUGUCAAUGUUGAUAAAGAUUUUGAGGAUGAUCUCCGAAAUGAAAAGGAUUUAGAGGAUCCUAACUGUAAUCUUGUAAACACCUGGAUCCCCAGUCAAUACUUGCCAUCGUGGGUGAAACCGAAGUCUGGUUACAAACCAGCCAUUCCGGUAAUAGCUGAGGACACUUUCGCAAAGCAACAUGACGAGGAGCUGGUGGUCCCAACGGUGGUGAUAGACCAAGAAACUGUUGAAGACAAGUCCACAUCAGAAUCCGAGCCCGAACAAACUGCUGAACACCCUAAGAGUAAUGCAAGUACAACCAACGAUGUCGCUUCUUUAGACGGGGUCGGACCUGGUGACGAAAUGAUAGCAGAGAAUCGACAAAUUGACUUGAAAGAAAGAAGACAUUCACUGGAUAAUUUAACCAACGAAAUGAAAGUAAAGAAGAAUCAUUCGACUGAUGGUGAGUUAAAUAGACUAAAACUGAAGGAUAGCGAUCAGAAGGUAGAGAAAAACAACAAUCGGGAUGUGGUGAAUUUGAUGGAAGUUGAAACCAGAGACCCCAAAACCAAGGCUCCAGCAUCAUCUCUACCUAGCACGCCUCGACUCCUGACCCCACCGUGUCCUUUUUCAAGCAAUUCUUUAAGUGGCAAUUCCCGACGACCUCGGCGUUACUCCUUGGCAGACGUCAGCAACAUGGGUUUGAGUGUGCUGGAAGACAAAGCCUUUGCCCGAGAAAUCCGCCAGCACCAGAUUUCCUUACAGAGUAAAAUCGCCGAAGAUUCGAUCAUCGAAGCCAACAAUGAAGUCGGUAAUGACGUCCAUGAAGCAAACAAGGCGGAGACUUCGUCGUCGUCGGUGGACCUGACUUCUCCUCGAGAGCGAGCCAAGUAUCUUCGACGUCGACGGGCAUCCCACGGGACCAUCGCCCCUAUCCUACCAAGCCUUCACCUCCCUCGUUCUCCUAGAAGCAGCGUGGUUUACAAUCCGUCAACCACGCCCGAACUCGAUCAUGAAGAUGACAAGGGCGCGUCGUCGAUUUCGACAUCAGAAGCCAAGGACGAGUCAACGUUGUCUGAAAGUGAACAUGCUGAGCGGUUGAAAGCUUAUAGGAGAAAUAAGAGGAGAUCAUCCUGGGCUUGUACUGGAACUCAUCCCCACGUCAAACCAAUUUCUACCAUGGAUCUACUGAGACAGAGUAAAAUUCCUCAAGAGAGCCAGUGGAAUGCAACUACAUUACAAGAUCCAUACCACAUCACAGUCCAUUUCAUCACAGAUCCAGGCCAAGCAGACAGACUUCGGAACUUCCUCCGACCAAUCACAUCAGCCAUAGUGCCUCAGUUUGCCAUCUUCAACUACGCCGAACGGAGCAUCAGCGUUCAUCCACCUGAACCCGACGAUGAUGAUCACACCAAGAUUCCUGCUCUAGCCAUCGUUGUCUUCAUCCAGGAGGAACUGGGAGCGGAUCGACUAGAGGAUGCUCAAGGGUUCUUAAGGAAGGAACCGUGGGCCCUGCAUCAUCGGUCAGAGUUGGGGCCCAGUGCGGUACCCUACCCAACAAACAAUCAGGACUACUAUGCUCAUGCCAACAACAUGCCUCUUUGGGCUGUUCGUCAGGUCCACUGCGGAUCGGACAGACUACGCUUUCAACUCUUUGUAUCGGAUGAGCACUGGUUUAACUCCAUCCAACUCUAUGCAACUAUACUUGGACAUGGUGUCCAGUACCAAAAAGAGGACUUCUGCUUCUUUAACAUCUACUCCGAUCCGACCCGCAAUCUUGAGAUACAGCUCUCCCUGAAGAGGUUACCGUCUGGAUACACACCUCAACCCAUGGAGGACGUCAUCCUGCAGUUCAAGAUUGCCGAUAUGGGAAGUUUGGUUCCUCUUCUGCCGAACGUCUGCAGUCCGAUCAGUGAGAAGAGAUGGCAGACUACAGACUUUGAUGGCAACAAGAUCCUUCUCUUACGAGGAAGUGACAGGUCUGGGAAAUUGACUCCACGGAUCACGGACAACUCAGGACUGUCCAACAGGGGAACUACUGAAGGUGGUGCAUCUUCUCCAGUGCCUUCAGACAAUGGAAGAUCGCGCUCAAGAAGGCGGCAUAAACAUGGCAUGCAGAAUCUAACAACGGUUGUGUAAGAACCUUGACCAGAACUGUCAAAGUACUGAAGGUGUCGAUUCAUCUACAGUACCUUCGAACAAUGGCUGUACGCACCCUAGACAGAGAGGAAGACGACAUAAGCAUGAUGGCAUGCACAAUCCAGCAACUAUUGUUUGAGGAUAUAAACCUGUGCCCUGUCUUACAAAGAGUUGCGAUUGAUCCAAUCAUUGCAAAUAUGGA